CAAUUAGUAGUACUAAUAUUAUUAAAAUAAACAAAAAAAAAUAUCUCAUCUGCCAUGGAACUCAAAAUCUCACCUCCCAAGAAUAUUGCUAACAAAAAAGUCUGCUACAAUGUGUCUAAUGGAGGUGAAAAAUGUUCAAUUGAACUUGGGCUAAAUCUUGAGCUUAGCUACUCAAAAUUUAGUACAAAUGGAUAUGGAUUUACAUUUCUACAAAGGCAAGAAUUAGAGCAACAAUUUUUCAUCUACAAGUAUAUAGAAGCAGGGCUACCUGUUCCAUCACAUCUAAUUUUUCCUAUAUACAAGUCUUUUAUUUGUUCCUUGAAAGGUCUUCAUGAUGGUAACUAUCCACAUUACAUGACCAAUUUGAUGGGGUAUGGACACAUGUGUUGGGAACAUAAAAAUAGGAUGGAACCAGAGCCAAGAAGAUGUAGGAGGACUGAUGGCAAGAAAUGGAGAUGUAACAAAGGUGUUGUCCAAAAUCAGAAAUAUUGUGAGAAGCAUAUGCAUAGAGGCCGCCAGCGUUCAAGAAAGUGUGUGGAGUUAACAAGUUCAACAGAUAUACGUUGUUCGGACUCUUCAAAAAUAUUGUCGCAAUCGUGUCAGAUUCUUCAAAAAUGCACUGCUGGUAAAGUAUCCGACAUGCAACCAUUGAUAUUUUUGAAAAGUCCAAACAAUAUAGAUCAUAAUUCAGAACCAGACACAGCCACUUUCUCCAUCGGUCUACCAAUAAAUUAAUUACUAGUAUAAGUUGUUCUAUUGGAGAUGUGUGUAAUUCUUCAAACUAUUUCUCUUCUUUCUUUUGUUGUGACAUUUCUAGUUA